AUGUCUGACACCGAGGAAGUUCCCCAGGAGAUCCCCCAGGAGGAGGUCGCCGCCGAGGCCACUGAGGCCGCCGCUCCCAAGGGCAAGAUGUCCAUCGAGGAGGCCCUCCAGGAGGUCCUCAAGAAGUCGCUCAUCCACGACGGUCUCGCCCGUGGUCUCCGCGAGUGCUCCAAGGCCCUGGACCGUCGUCAGGCUCACCUCUGUGUCCUCGUCGAGACGUGCUCCGAGCAGGAGUACAUCAAGCUCAUCGAGGCACUCUGCAACGAGCACAAGAUUGACCUCCUCAAGGUCUCUGACCCCAAGACUUUGGGCACUUGGGCCGGUCUCUGCAAGAUUGACAGGGAGGGCAACCCGAGGAAGGUCGUUGGAUGCUCCUGCGUCGUCGUUCGCGACUAUGGAGAGGAGUCCGAGGGUCUCAAUGUGCUCCUCGAGUACUUCAAGUCGCGUUAA